AUGGCGAAUCUCGUGGAAGCCGCGUCGCAGCAGCAGUUUGAGGAAAUCUUGGCUAAAUCUGGAAAAUGCCUGACUGUGGUGCACUUCCAAGCGGCGUGGGCUCCGCAGUGCGAGCAGAUGAACGACGUGAUGGCCGUGUUGGCGACGCAGCACGCGAGCAGCACGUUCGUGAAGCUUGAGGCCGAAGCGGUGCCGGAGGUUUCGGAGAAGUGCGAGAUCACCUCCGUGCCCACGUUCGUGUUCUUCCGCGCGGGGGAAAGGGUGGACAGGCUGGACGGGGCCAACGCUCCGGAGCUCACCAAGAAGGUUCAGAAACUGUCUGUAGCCGGUGGAAGUGCCGCUGCUGAACCGGGCCCAGUGGAUCUGAACCAGCGUCUGAAGAAACUCAUCAACAGCGCCCCUUGCAUGCUGUUCAUGAAAGGCGCGCCCCAAGAGCCGCGCUGCGGCUUCAGUCGGCAGAUCAUCGCCAUUUUGAAAGACCACGAUAUCCAGUUCAGCAGCUUCGAUAUCCUUUCUGACGAGGAGGUGCGACAAGGCUUGAAAACCUACUCCAACUGGCCCACGUACCCGCAGCUGUACGUGAACGGCGAGCUAAUUGGCGGGUUGGAUAUCGUGAAAGAAUUAGCCGAAUCGGGGGAGUUGGCGACCACAUGUCCCAAAGCGGUUUCUUUGGAGCACCGCCUGAAAACCAUCAUCAAUCAAAACCUAGUCAUGCUGUUUAUGAAGGGAAACAAGGAGGGAGCAAAGUGUGGCUUCUCGCGGCAGAUUUUGGAGAUUUUGAACGAGACCGGCAUCAAUUAUGAUACGUUUGACAUUCUACAAGACGAAGAGGUGCGACAAGGUUUGAAGACCUACUCCAACUGGCCCACCUACCCGCAGUUAUACGUGAAGGGGGAGCUGGUCGGAGGACUGGACAUUGUCAAAGAGCUGAAGGAAAAUGGAGAGCUAAAGUCUGUACUGCAGGGAGAGUCCUAAAAGUGAAAACCAUUGAGAUUUAAGGGGCCACUCAUUGCAAGGAAAUAACCUCUAUUAACUACUGUGUUUUGGAGCAAACAAAAGAAGCUAACCCCCAAGUGAACUGUCCAUUUGAGAGACUAGUGCUAAAACAACACAUUUAAAAUUAACAGUAGAGGUGAGCAAUAUACAAAUCUUAAAUAAAAUUGCGAUCUUCCA